CCGUUAUAUGUAUAACCCCCGUUAUCGAUAUUCUUUUUAUAUAUAAAUAAUUAUGCGUUCCCGUUUUUCACGUGAAUGCAAUCCACUGUGCAACAUGUUAAUAAUUCCCGUGCUUGAAUGGCAUGUUAGGUCCCGUCUUAACCCCUCAAGAUAAAGUUGUCAGCUGCAAUCCCAACAGUCAGUGACCAACCCCCUCUAGCCCCUCCAAAGUCUUGACCGCCAGAUAAUGCCCCUCCCACCCCAUGUGAACUAGAGAAAAUAUUUUCUGCUAUUGGAGGUCGAACAAUUGUACCUAGUCACUUUCACCUGCCUAUUACUCAACCUAUCGUAUCUUUUUUUCUUCCUUUUUUUCCCUUCCACUUUUUCAUGUCAUGCAUGCAUCGACGGAAUGAAUGAUUGAACGAUUGAUACCUUUUCUCUCAAUUCUGUUAUUUGAUUGAAUCAUAAUACCCAACAAACCACGCAGCAUUUAAUACAACUGAACGCUGCUCCUCAACCGUACCCCGUUUAUAUCAAAAUUCGUCCUCGGCAUCAAUCCAUAACCAGAUCAGUGCCCGCCUCGGUUUUCAUUUGCGACGCCAUGGGUAACGUACUCUCCGCCUUUUCCAGCGCCCCUGUGCUCGGCAAAGAAGAGAGGGAGGCCAUAGAAAAGAAGAUAUCCGAGAGAGAUGACAAUAUCAACACCCUCGAGAAGGAUCUAGCCACGAAGGAAGAGGAGCUCGCUGAUGCCAAGAAAGAGCUCACCAAGACCUCCGAAGAAGCCGAUGCCCUGCGAAAGAAGAUUGACGAAUUGGAAGCACAAGCAACUAAACUUAAGGACGAGCUCCAGGAUCAAGUUGACAAGCUCCAGGGUGAAUUGAAACAGGCCACCGACAAUUCUUCUGAGCAGCAUCGUACCCUUGUGGAAACUGCCUCUGCCCGGACUCAAGAGCUGGAGCAGGCACGUGCUGAGCUGGCCCAAUUGGAGGAGAAGCUGAAUACCUUGCAGCAAGACAAGAAUUCGUUGAGUGAGGAGCUAUCAUCGGUCAAGCGAGAAUUAGCCGAUGCAGUCGAGCAGCGGAAUUCUCUGGAGGCCUCUUUGAAAGAGGAAUUGGCAUCCGUGAAGGAGGAACUGCUUGCUUCGAGCAAGAAGCACGACGUGCUACAGAGCGAACACACCAAGCUCUCGGAAGAGCUCGCCUCUGCGAAGGCCCGUGAAGAUGAUCAAGAGGGCACCCUUGUCAAAUUACAGAGCGAGUACAAGGCUUUGGAGGAGGCACAUGAUCAGCUUAAGACAUCCUUGGAAGACGAGAUUUCUUCGGCCAAGCAAAGCUUAACCGACGCCCAACAGAAGUACGCUGAACUGGAACAAACACUCAAGCAGACGAUCGCGGAAUCCAAAGAGAAGAUCGACGCGGCAGAAAAAGAUGCGGCCGAAUGGAAAGCAAAGCACGAAUCUUUACAAAGCGACCAUGACAGCAUCAACAAAGAACUGGCUGCUGCGAAGGAAGAGGUUACCGCUGGCGAAGACAAGACGAAAGCGCUCGAGCAGGCGCACGAGGCUGAGCUGCAGAAGUCCCGCGCCGACGUAGAGAAGUUACAGCAGAAUGUGACAGAUCUGGAAGAGAGCCAAGAAAAGCUGAAGGCCGACCACGCAGCUGAGCUCGAGAGUGCCAAGCAGGUAGCAGCCCAGCUACAAGAGAAGCUAAAGUCCGCACAAGACGAGCGUGAGGCGUUACAGCAGCAGCACGAGGCUCAAGCGGAGGAACUCGAGAAGGCAAAACAAGAAGCAUCCGAGCUUCAGGGCAAGCUCAAGUCCGCUGAGGAUGAACAGGAGAAGUCGCAGAAGCAGCACGAUGAACAAGCAAGUCAGAUUUCCAUUCUUCAAGGUCAAGCCGAGGAGGCGAAUGCCAAAGCAGAGAAGGCCGAGAGUAGCCUCGACGCUGCGCAGACUGAGAAGACGGCCCUGGAGGGUAAGCUCAGCGAGCUAGAGUCCGAGAAGAACGACCUUGCGGAGAAAGCGGAGGCCCUCGAGAAACAGGUUAAGCAGCUCAAGGCAGAGGCGUCGGCACCCCAGGUUAACGGCACAAAUGGUACAAUGGAGGGUAAGGGAGCUGAGGAGGUUGCCGCAUAAUCUUAACGAUCAUUCAACUGCCGCUAAUUUCGCGUAAUCAUCGAACCACCGAGACAGGGAUAACACCAUUAAUGACGUCUAUUACGGCAAGGAACCCUAAUGUUAAUACUAGACAGAAUGCUUUGUAACGUUAUGCCAAUCGUUCGAUAGGAAGCAGGGGCUGCUGGAUUCGAAGGCUGGGCUUACUCGCGCUAGCUUCAGAUGUGAAUAACAAGAGGGAUUGUUUUCGGAAUUAUCGCC